GGGCAGUUCACUGGUGUCUGCCUGGUACUGGUGAAGGAUCACAUAGUCUAGCAUAGCCUUGGCUGAGUUGAAUAUUGCUAUGAAGCCCUGGCCAUUGCUCUAUAGCAUGACGAUAAAUUCAAUCUUGGGUCCAGAUAACUCUUAUCUCGCUGACCCUACUGCUCACGCCUGCUUUCGUAAUCUCGGUUUACCCAUCCACGUCGAGUAGGGAAAAAAAGCCAAGGAAAAAAGGAAAGGGGUUUCUCUCGGCUCUUCCCUUUUUUGUUGUGGCUGCUAAUGCCUGGUGCAUGGCAGGGCGCACUCUGCUGCUGCUCCUGCUGCUGCUGCCUCACCCAACCAGCCCUGCCUUUAAACUUUUUCCCCCGGAUUAUUGCUUUGAUCGAUUUCGUCGCUGAAUGAGAACAUACCGCUUGGUGCUCUGCAUUCGUCGUCAGAGGAUAAGGUUCACCCGAGGAGGCCAUUGGCGGAGAGGCGUCACGUGACCACGGGGUGCCAAUGUUAUUCUACAAGGGUGUCAAGACCCUGUCAGUUUCUGAAAUAAAUAUUGGGAAACGGCGAGAUGCAAAAGGCAACCUACUACGACAGCUCCGCAAUUUACAGUGGCUACCCAUAUCAAAGCGCAAAUGGCUUCAGUUAUGAUGCCAAUCAGGUCCAAUAUCCCCGGGCCUCUCAUGUGGAAAGUGAGUACCAUCGACCUGCCUGCUCCCUGCAGUCUCCUGACGGCUCCGUGGCUCUGCAGAAGCCGGGGGAGAUGGCGGAGAGCUGCGACAGGACCACAGCCAUUCAGGCGGCGCAGUCCAAGGUUCAUCCCGAAAGCAAUCAACCGCAGGUGCCAGUGUCAGGCCCACCCCCUCCCUCACAAUCCCCCGGUGCUAUCAGCCAAAACACAAGCAACGGCUCCAACCAGCCCAGUGCCAAGAACGGCUCUCCGACCUCUGCUGCUCGCAAACAGAUCUUUCCCUGGAUGAAGGAAUCCCGUCAGAACACCAAGCAGAAACCCGCCAGUAGCUCCAGUUCAGUAGAGAGUUGCCCUGGCGACAAGAGUCCUCCGGGGUCAGCAGCAUCGAAGAGGGCCCGGACAGCUUACACCAGCGCCCAGCUAGUGGAGCUGGAGAAGGAGUUCCACUUUAACCGGUACCUCUGCAGACCCCGGAGGGUGGAGAUGGCCAACCUGCUUAACCUCACCGAGAGACAGAUCAAAAUCUGGUUCCAGAACCGCAGGAUGAAGUACAAGAAGGAUCAGAAAGGUGUCGGAAUGAUGCCUUCCCCUGGCGGACAGUCCCCCAGGAGUCCCGUGGGCCCUGCCUCGGGUGGUGGCGGCGGCGGAGGAUACCUCAACUCUAUGCAUUCUCUUGUAAACAGUGUACCUUAUGAAUCCCAGUCGCCAACGUCUUACAAUAAACCUCAUCAAAAUGCAUACGGCAUGGCCACGUCAUACCCCCCUCCUUUGAACAGCUCCCUCAACAACUGCCCGCCCUCCCAGAAGAGGUAUCCCGGGACCGACUCGGCCACGCCCGAGUAUGACGCGCAUCCUCUCCAAGGCAAUGGCAACUACGGGACGCACAUGCAGGGCAGCCCCGUUUAUGUCGGCGGAGGUUACAUCGACUCAAUGCCCAGUUCUGGGACCUCUGUUUUCGGUCUCACCCACCUCCCGCACCCGCCGUCCGCAAACAUGGACUACAAUGGAGCAAUCACAAUGGGCAACAGUCAGCACCACGGAGUGUGUGAUCCGACACCGACGUACACAGACCUAACGCCGCACUACUCUCAGGGAAGAAUCCAGGAAGCGCCGAAGCUGACGCAUCUGUAGCGGCGGCGCUCCCCCGGAUCACUCCGCCCCAUUGUGUUAUCCACCUCCAGACACAUUACUGCUUUGUUUCCGCGCCUCCUCACGGCUUCCACCUUCUCUCUGCCUUUGUUUAUGUUCUCUAUAGUUUGAUGUGUGAAGUAGCGUAGGAUAAAUAAUCACGACUUGCUUGAAUUUUUCUCUAUUUGCUCGUGUCAUUGUCUCACAGAGACCUUUAUCUGGGCUGUAGGACGUCUAGAGUGGGAGGGAGGGGGGCGCAGUAUAUGCAUAGGCCUAUUUAAUCUUUUUUUUUAAAUCAUGUUUUAAAACUCAAACAGGGUAUUAUGAACAUAUGUUAUUCAUUUUAAUGUGAAUUUGUCCGUCUUUUAUUUAUCCGCAGUUGAAGAAUUGUGUUUUGCAUUUUGUUGCACUUGUGAAAGGAUCCUUGAAGAGCCACGAGUUGGGAUUUUGAGGGAAAUACAUUUUUCAAAAAAAAAAAACAAGGGUCAUGAGCUUACACGCAACCUCCCUUGCUUGUGUUGUUCUAUUGGACUUUCUAAUGUUAUUUAUUUUGUUCGGUGUUAAGAUAAAAAGAGUCCUUUAGUAUUAUUUGACACCUCUGCGAUCUUUGUGUGGGGGACAAGGUUGGUGGAAAAUUAGCGUCUCGGCCCUUUUCCAGCCCAUACAUCUAGCCUGCAGAAGCUCCUCAGCAGCAGCACCACCACCACACCAUGUUGCUAUUAUAGGCUAUGUUUCUAUUUUUUUCUUCUUCGAGGAGGUGUUUUGUUUUCUCAGCGAAUGUAGAAUCAAUCAGUCUUGCAAUAAGGUUGGAAAGAAGGACACACAUUAGCAGUUUCUUUGUUGAAGAAAAAAAAAGGAACAAGACAUCAUCAGUUUUCUUUUUUUCGAUGUCAUACAUUCCACGCUGCUCCAGUUCGAAAAAACAAAUAAAAAAAGAAUUGAAAAUA